CAAAGAAACAAACAAUACCAAAAUCCACGAAAAAAUUAAGGUUAGGGUUUCGUUCUCUUGUCUUUUCACCCUCAUCGUUAAUUCUGAAACUGCAAUUUUCUUUCUAACACUACCAAAACAAAAAUAAAAUCCAAAUCAAGCCCUAGCUAGUUUUUAUGGGGUAAAUUAGAGACAGCAAAUGGUGAUGGAUGAAAAAGUAGAAGAAAACGGGGUAGGAGAAGCAAUUGAAUCAGAAUCGAAUUCAUCAAGUCCUGACAUUGUUCAAGAAAUAUCAAACGUGGUUGAAUCUGUUGCUCAGCUUGGCGAUUAUCGGAGAGCGCACCGGAAAGAUUGUUUUAGCCUAGUCAGGCGUAUGAAACUUCUGUUGCCGUUUAUAGAGGAGACUCGAGAGCUCGAGACAUCAAUUUCCGACCAGGGAUUUACGUGUUUGAUUAAAUUAAAGAAAGCAUUUGUAUUGGCUAAGAAUUUGUUAAAAUUAUGCAACGAGGGAAGCAAGAUUAAUCUGGCCGUGGAGAGCGAGGCUGUAAUGGUGAGAUUUCGAAAGGUGAAUGACAAAUUAUACCGAGCUCUAAAUUUAGUUCCUUAUGAUGAACUUGGGAUUUCUGAUGAAGUAAAAGAACAGGUGGAGCUGAUGAAAGUACAGCUGAAGCGAGCGAAAGGAAGAACAGACACUCAGGAUAUAGAAGUGGCAAUGGAUAUGAUGGUGGUACUUUCGAAAGACGACGACAGAAAUGCCGACAGUGCUAUAAUAGAAAGACUAGCAAAAAAAUUGGAGCUACACACUGUUGAAGAUCUUCAGAUUGAAACCGUAGCCAUUAGGAAUCUGGUUACGGAAAAAGAAGGACAAAUUUUGGAAAAUCUGGAUCAAAUUAUCGAUCUUCUGAACAAAUUUAAACAGAUUAUAGGAAUGGAAGUAUUUGACAUUCAAGAUAAUCCUAUAAUGCACAAGACAUUGGAGAAAUGCCAGUCUUUGAUUAUUCCUCACGAAUUCCUUUGUCCGAUCACGCUAGAGAUAAUGACAGAUCCCGUUAUAAUCGCGUCUGGACAGACAUACGAACGAGAAAGCAUACAGAAGUGGUUUAGUUCGAAUCACCGAACCUGUCCAAAGACGAGACGGGAUUUGGAUCACCUGUCAAUCGCGCCAAAUUACGCUCUUAAAAACCUAAUCCUGCAAUGGUGUGAAGCGAACAAUUUUCACCUUCCUAUAAAAGAUAUAUCCAUACCAUCUGAAAUUUACUCGGGCGAUGUUAACCAGGAAAUAUUGUGUUUGGUCAAUGAUUUAUCUUCAAGCCAAUUGGAAGUGCAGAGGAAAACAGUGGCAAAAAUUCGUCUGCUGUCGAAAGAAAAUCCUGAGAACAGAAUUGCAAUUGCCAACAGUGGAGCAAUCCCUCCAUUAGUUCAAAUUCUGUCAUAUCCAGACUCCAAAAUUCAAGAACACGCAGUAACGGCUCUGUUAAAUUUAUCAAUUGACGAAACGAAUAAGAGAGUAAUAGCUAAAGAAGGAGCAAUUCCUGCGAUAAUAGAAGUUUUACAGAGCGGAAGUAGGGAAGGAAGGGAGAAUUCCGCGGCGGCAUUGUUCAGUUUAUCGAUGCUCGACGAGAACAAGGUAACGAUAGGCUUGUCCGACGGAAUACCGCCGUUAGUAAACUUGUUAGAGAAAGGCACAGUAAGAGGUAAAAAAGACGCUGCAACUGCAUUAUUUAACUUAUCACUUAACCAUUUAAAUAAAGACAGAGCCAUAGAAGCUGGCAUCAUAACGCCGUUACUCCAGUUGCUUGAGGACAUAAAAUUGGGCAUGGUUGAUGAGGCACUUUCGAUCUUUCUAUUACUUUCGUCGCACCCGAACGGGCGGAGUGCCAUGGGGCACUUACCGUUCAUCCACACGCUGGUGGAUUUUAUAAAAGACGGUACUCCGAAGAACAAAGAAUGUGCAACUUCUGUGUUACUUGAGUUGGGGUCUGGUAACUCAUAUUUUAUACUUGUGGCACUUCAAUAUGGUGUUUAUGAGCAUUUAGUUGAGAUUAAAAGCUGUGGAACUAAUAGAGCACAGAGAAAAGCUAAUGCCCUUCUUCAACUUAUGACCAAGACUGAGCAAAUUUGAGAAAUUUUGCUCACCAUGUCCACUUUUAUUUUGGUUCAGAGCCAGACAGAUCACUGUUUUGUACUUUACAAAUUAAUGUAGCUCAUGUUUUUUUUUUUUUUUUUAUGUUACUAUUGUAUAAUUAGCAAAACCAAGCAGAUCAUAAACCGUACUGUACAGAGAUUUGGAUAAGAUGACCAUUUUAAGA